UGCAGUUUAGUAGACAGAAGGCUGGAGAGUGCUGUCACAGGAGCAUCCAUAGGGAGUUGUAACAGCAGGCGCCCGGAGUUCUCACCAUGCAGUCUAUGCGCUGGCUACCUCUGGAGGCCAAUCCAGAUGUUAUGAACCAGUUCCUCAAACAACUGGGUGUUUGCUCCAGCUGGCAGUUUGUUGAUGUCUAUGGUCUUGACCCUGAACUCCUGAGCCUGGUUUCACGACCUGUUUGUGCUGUGCUACUUCUUUUCCCUGUGACAGAAAAGUAUGAAUUAUUUAAAGCAGAGGAGGAAGAAAAAAUUAAAUCCCACGGUCAAGAUGUAGAUUCCUCGGUUUACUUCAUGAAACAAACAAUACGCAAUGCCUGUGGAACAAUUGGUCUUCUUCAUGCAGUGGGAAACAACAAAGAUAAGCUUGAUUUUGAAAAUGACUCCGCUUUAAAAAAAUUUAUAACUGAAUCCUCUAAAUUGAGCCCCGAUGAACGUGCCAAAUUUCUAGAAAGAGAUGAAAGUAUUCGGGUUACACAUGAAAGCAGUGCCCAGGAAGGACAGUCUGAGGCACCAAGUUUAGAUGAUAAAGUAGACUUACACUUCAUUGCUUUUGUUCAUGUACAAGGACAUCUGUAUGAGCUAGAUGGGAGUAAGCUUUUUCCAGUGAAUCAUGGACCAACCAGCGAGGAUUCAUUAUUAGAAGAUGCUAUUGAAGUUUGCAAAAAGUUUAUGCAACGUGAUCCAGAUGAACUGAGGUUUACUGUGGUGGCUUUGUCUAAAGCAUGAAGAAGCCCUGACUCUGAAACUGACCAUUAGCACUUGAAAAGAAAGCCACGCGACAAGUGAUUUUUUUUUUUAUAUUCAUUCUGUGCAAAUCGAAGUUCUCUAUAUUAAUAAACAAACAUUUGCUGCGUCUUGACACUCUGGUGAAUUCUUACUACUGUUUAAUUCUUUUUCAGCAAAGCCGUAGAUGAGAUAUUUUAUGAGAUGAUGCCAAUAAACCUGCCAAGUUGACUGGUCACUUUAUAGAAUGCUACACUAGAGG